UUCUUCCUUCCUUCGCAACGUUCAACAUCCACUAUUUCCAACCAUGACCCCUCUAUCACCACCGACACGCCCAUUAUCCCAUUCCCCUAAGGCACACGCUUCAGAUCCCAACCUCAAUCCGUUCUCACCUCUUUCACCCGAUCUCGCUCCAAAUCAGCUGACCUCUGCUCAAAAGCCAAUCAUGGAUUCAGCCAAUGAUGGUACUUCAUCUGAAAAACCGCUUAUCACGUACACUAGAAAAGAACUGCUCCUUAUAGGAAGAGACUGUCGUGGCCGAGGUCCUCCAGAGACCAUGGGCGCUCUCGAAUCUUGGUUUGGUACAAUUGCACGUCCCAACCAAAGCGAUUCCAACUUUGAGGACCCCGCCAUAGCUUCCAUUAGCCAUUCAACGGGGCGACGUAAUAACAACAAUGUUGGAAAUGGGUUUGGGGAAGGCUUUGGGUACGGCGGUGGAAUUGGUGGUGGCAGCCGGCUGCACAACAAUGCACGUGGGACGCGAAACAUCGGUUUGCGACGAUUACCGGACGGACUUGAUCUGCCACCACAUCUCGCACCACCCAAUGUUGGUGAAAAGGGGUUUAGCGGACAGAUGGGGAAAUUCAACGUGAAAAGCAAUAGUAACUUGCGUUUGGGCGGUGACGAGCAGAAAAGAGAAAGGCGCAACAAUAAUAACCACGGCAAUAACAGUAAUAACAACGUUGAAGAUUGGAGAAAGGAAAAGCAACCUAGAGAAAACGGCUAUCAGCAACGGGAUCGUGAUAAUCGUGACCAUGAUCGUCCAUAUCAACAGCGUGACCGAGACAGUCACCAACGUGAUCGCCGACACAACUGGCACCAAGCAUCUCAGCAUAAUGAGGAUGAGCAGCCCGAGUGGAUGAACGAUACGAUGGCGCCCGCAGAUCCUGCUAUUGCCAAUGACAAUGAUCCUCUCGUCAAAUUUACCCCUGGUGAAGAUAUGAUUGCCGCUCACAAGCGUGCAAUGAAGGCCAAGCAUGCGAAUGACUGGAGGGGCAACAUGCCGCCUCUGCCUGCUUUCUUUGCUUCUGACCCUGCGAUCGUGUCCUCUGCUCCGGCGGCUACCUCGCUAGAGCACAAGAUUAAGGAAAUCAAUGCCAACAAUUAUUUGGUUGAGACGAGGGAGCCUCAAGAGGAACCUGAGCCGUCGCAGUCAGCACCCCAAUCAGCCUUUUCUAGUCGAUUUCACAAGUUUUUCGGGAAUGGUGCAGAUCAAGAUUCAAAUCUUACAGGUGCCAGCCAAAGUGCUCCCGUUCCAGCUCAGCAACCAUUGCCUCCUAUUCAGAAUCAGGCUGUGCCAGAAAACCCCCUUGAACAACGGAAAGCGGCGUUGAUGGGACUGUUAUCAACCAAGUCACCGACACCAAAGCUCGAACAUAGUUCUCCUUCUCAACACUUCCAUCAACCUAAUUCACCUCACGUUGAGAUCCCUUCUUCCAUGUCAACUAACAACAUGUAUACGUCGAAUACUGGCUUCCGCCCUCCUCAUCCCAACGUUCUUCUUCAACAGCUUUACGCUGUAGGCCCAUCUUCAAACACCAAUCCAUCUCCUGUCAACCAUCCGCACCAAGAGCAUGCACCAACUGACCCUUUGCAACUCUUGGCUCAGGCUCAAGCUCAGCGUGGGCAAUAUGCUUCUCAAUCACAGAUGCCUCCACAAAACAUGUCUCUUCCCCCACACUUUUCUCGCCCUCCGCCAGGCAUGUAUGAUUCUCUACCCCCCGAUGUACCUGCAGGUUUCCCACCGUUCAUGCGACCUCCUCCCGGGCCAGGGUAUGGUCCCCUACCUGGGACAGGGCCAGGCUAUAUGCCCAUGCCCAACUACUACCAAGGGCCGCCUAGGCCUUCGGGAAUGGGUGUGCAUGGGUAUCCUGGCCCUCAGCCUCAACAGCAAAUGGCGCCGCCGCCUGCUCAGAGGUAUCCGCCUGGGCAACUCAACACUUCUCAACAGGAUAUGCUCUCUACGCUAUUCGCUGGUUUGGGGCCGAGAAGUAGUUGACACGCUGUGAUACAAAAAAUGAGCGAGACAGUGACAAUCGAGUAAUCCGUAUUUCAAAUGUUCAUAAUAUCCCUCACUCCAAUCAGUUUCGUGCCCCGGUUUUUCGAAUUAAGACGCUCUUUCUGUUUUUCUACACUAUUAUCUGUAUGAUUUAUGAUGACAAACAUCACGCAUGCAUUUUACCCUUGACCCA